AUAAUUUUAAAAUAAUUGGAAAAAUAAUUAUCUAUAGGCGCCAGCCUCGCUCUAUGGUUUGCUUUUGACAGUUGACAGUUGUUAGUGUUUUAGGUUAAAAGUUGAUUCAAAUUACACAUUUUGAGACUUGAGUAUUGCAUUUGUGCAAAAUGCUGGCGUUGCAAGGUUACGGAGACAGUGACGAAGAGGAGGUUAAGCCUGAGGAGCCCCCAGCGGACCCCGAAUUUUCAAUCAAGAACAAACUCCAAGUGUGUGCGGCUCCUGUCGUGUUACCCACGGGGUCUGAAGAGUGCAUCCAGCACGUUGACCCCAGCGCCCAGGAAGUGACUUUUAACCCCAAAUACGAGGAGUUGUUCUCGCCCAUGGUGGGCCCUGAGAACCCCUUCAAGACCCAGCAGCAACAAUGCACCCGAAACAUACUUUCGGGUUACGUUGAGCCAGCGUAUGUGAACGAGUUCCAAUUCGAAAACCAAAGACGGACGUUUAACAGUUUUGGUUACGCUCUGGACCCCACUGUGGGCAGUGCCGCUGAAGGCACCAAAGUUGUUACAACGACUGGCCAAUGCGAUGAUAUUGACCCGGAAGCAAAAACAGUGUUUGAAUCAACCAAGCUGAGACCUUUAGAUAAGAGAAAACGUAAAAAGAAUAACGACCCGAGCGAUAUUGAGGGGUUUUUGGGGCCCUGGGGUGGUUUUGUGGACGAACAAAGGGUCAUGAAGCCGUCUGAUGAGGAGGCAGCAGAGUUGGACGAAUUAUUGUCGAAAAAGAACAAGAAGGGGAAACCCACAGAAGACAAACCAAUCGAGGAAAAAUCAAUUUUGCACAUUUCAGACGCUGUGGAUUAUCAGGGAAGGAGUUUUCUACAUGCACCUCAAGAUGUUGGUGUCAAUUUGAAAUCGGACAGCCCCCCGGAGAAGUGUUUCCUUCCGAAAGCACAUAUUCAUACGUGGUCGGGGCACUCGAAAGGAAUUGCGGCCAUUCGGUGGUUCCCCCGAACGGCUCAUUUGUUACUGUCUGCUAGCAUGGACUGCAGAAUUAAGUUGUGGGAAGUGUAUAACGAAAGGAGAUUAGUUCGCACCUACUACGGCCAUAAGCAAGCCGUUAGGGACAUUUGUUUCAAUAAUUCAGGAAAACUGUUUCUUUCGGCCGGUUACGACAGGUAUAUUAAAUUGUGGGAUACUGAGACUGGUCAAGUGGUCAAGCGAUUUUCAAGCCGCAAAAUCCCCUAUUGUAUCAAAUUCAACCCUGAUAAGAACAAACAACACCUCUUCGUUGCUGGAACUUCUGAUAAGAAAAUCAUUUGUUGGGACACCAGAUCUGGCGAUAUUGUCCAAGAGUACGACCGCCAUCUGGGAGCAGUUAACUCUAUUACAUUCGUUGACGACAAUCGCCGAUUCGUUACGACUUCGGACGAUAAAAGUUUGAGGGUCUGGGAGUGGGACAUCCCCGUUGAUAUGAAAUACAUCGCAGACCCGACCAUGCACAGCAUGCCUGCUGUGACGCCAGCACCCAAUGGAAAAUGGUUGGCUUGUCAAAGCAUGGACAACAAAAUUGUCAUUUUCUCGGCAUUAAAUCGCUUCAAAAUAAAUCGAAAAAAGACGUUUACGGGACAUAUGGUGGCUGGGUAUGCCUGCACACUUGAUUUUUCACCAGAUUUGAGUUAUUUAGUGUCGGGUGACGCCGAUGGUAAGUGCUACAUCUGGGAUUGGAAAACUACAAAGUUGUAUAAGAAGUGGAAAGCGCACGAUAAUGUCUGUAUCAGUGUGCUGUGGCAUCCGCACGAGCCGAGCAAGUUAGUGACAGCAGGCUGGGAUGGACUUAUCAAAUACUGGGAUUAAGUUUCCAAGAAGGUGUAAAUUUUAAGCGAAAUAAAAUAUUUUAAUUAGAA